AUGCCGCAGGAGGAGCCAAGGAAGAAGCUUGGAAAUGAAUAUUCUAAUUCCAAGAAGAAGGAGCGCCACAUAGUUACUCUGGAGGAUGACAUUCUGCGCAACCAAAUUAGCGUUCAUGGAACAGACAAUUGGGCUAUCAUUGCGUCUAAAUUCAAGGAUAAAACAACGAGACAGUGCAGGAGACGAUGGUACACAUACUUGAAUUCUGACUUCAAGAAGGGAGGAUGGUCACCAGAGGAAGACAUGCUCUUAUGCGAGGCUCAAAAGAUAUUUGGUAACAGGUGGACAGAAAUAGCUAAGGUGGUUUCGGGAAGAACCGACAAUGCUGUGAAAAACCGGUUUUCGACCUUGUGCAAGAAGAGAGCCAAAUAUGAGGCCUUAGCUAAAGAGAACGCUACUUCAUACAUCAAUUCAAAUGACAAAAGGGUCAUAAUCCGAAAUGGUUUCAAUACAGAUGGAACAACAGAAACUACAGCACCUUCUAAGAAGAUGAGGAGAACCCACAUCCCCAAUCUCUCCGAAAAUUGUAACUCCGGGGACAGACUAUUUGAGCAGUGUGGAAAGAUGAAUCAGCAGCUAAGAGCUCCAUUUACUGUGUUGAUUCAGAAUUUCCACAAUGUAGACAACCUGCCAGACCAGCAUAAUGUCAGUAGCACUAAGGAAGUCCCUGGGAAUGCACAAAAUAGCAAGUUUCAAGGAUCAUUUCUCAAGAAGGACGAUCCGAAGAUAACUGCUCUGAUGCAACAAGCAGAGUUGCUCAGCUCAUUGGCACUAAAAGUUAACACAGAGAACACAGACCAGAGUCUUGAAAAUGCUUGGAAGGUGCUCCAGGAUUUCUUGAAUCAAAGCAAAGAAAGCGACAUCCUCAGUUAUGGAAUUACUGAUUUUGAUUUUCAACUCGAAGAUCUUAAAUAUCUGUUAGAGGACUUAAGGAGUACUAAUGAAGGAAGUCGACCAUCUUGGCAGCAACCAGAUCUAUACGAUGAGUCCCCAGGAAGCUCUGAAUACAGUACAGGGUCAACUCUCCUGUCCCAAACAGAAUGUUAUGUGGAACAAAACGAAGCUGAAAUAGGUACACUGAUUGAGGAGAUUCAACCUGGAUCACAAUCCAUUCCUAUUGGAGGGGGAAAUGAUGUUCGAGAAUGUGAGAAAGGGAUUGUUUCCAGAGGAACCAGAAAGCAAGAAAUAUUUCCAUCUUGUAAUGAAGGAACAAAAACUGAUGCAGUCAUUUCUGUAUCGUCAAAUACAGAGUUCAGUUCUCCUAAUCAAGUUACCCCGUUGUUCAGAUCUUUGGCAGCAGGAAUUCCCAGCCCAAAUUUUCUGAAAGUCACCUUCAGUCGCUAUCAAGUCACUAGUAGGCUUCUCAGAUUACUUCAUCGAAACAUUUGUAGGACUUCUAGUCUUCUGAAAUCACUAGUGGAAAGGAGCUUCUUGCUCAAAACGCUUGGAGUGGAGUCUCCUUCUCCUUACCCAAGCAACAAUCCUUCACGACCACCACCCUGCAAACGAGCCCUCCUUCAAAGUCUAUAA